AUGGAAAAUAUCAAUAAUGUCACUGAAUUUAUUCUGUUGGGACUUUCACAGAAUAAGAAAAUUAAAAAUUUUUGCUUUUUAUUAUUCUUAUUUUGUUACAUAGCUAUUUGGUUAGGAAAUGUUCUCAUCGUUAUUUCCAUCACCUAUAGUCAGCUAAUUGAGCAACCCAUGUAUUUUUUUCUUAAUUAUCUUGCUCUCUCAGACCUGUGUUAUACCUCAACAGUGACUCCCAAGCUAGUCACUGACUUACUGGAGGAAAGGAACACAAUUUCUUAUAAUAGCUGUAUGGCACAGCUUUUUGCUAUGCACUUCUUUGGGGGGAUUGAAGUCCUCAUCCUCACAGUAAUGGCUUAUGAUCGAUACGUGGCCAUCUGCAAGCCCUUGCACUACACCGUCAUGAUGAGCAGGAGAAAGUGUGAUGCCAUGGUCUUUGCUUGCUGCAUUGGGGCAUUUCUGCAUUCCUUCGUCCAAUGUCUUCUUACUAUCAACCUCCCUUUCUGUGGCCCCAAUGAGAUAGAUCAUUACUUCUGCGACGUGUAUCCUUUGCUGAAACUGGCCUGCACUGACACGUACAGAGUUGGGAUCCUGGUUGUUGCCAAUUCGGGCAUGAUGGGUUUGGUGACUUUUGUGGUCCUGGUGCUGUCUUACAUUUUGAUACUAUACACCAUCAGGAAUCACCCAGCCAAAAGCCGCAGCAAAGCUCUGUCCACUUGCAGUUCCCACAUAACAGUUGUGAUUCUAUUCUUUGUGCCCGUCCUGUUCAUUUAUAUCAGACCAGCCACCACUUUGCCAGAAGAUAAAGUGUUUGCUCUUUUCUACACCAUCAUUGCCCCCAUGUUCAACCCUCUGAUCUACACCCUGAGAAACAUGGAGAUGAAGAAUGCCUUAAGGAAAGUGUGGUGCUGUAGCAUCUUACUUAGAAGGCAUUGCACAUUUCUAAAUAUAUUAACUAUUACAUGGAUGGCAAGAACUCCUUCAGAGACCCAAUGCCCUGCAUCUAGUCAUCUUUCAGGAUGGCAGGAACUUCUGGGACUGGAGCCUGACCCCUAG